GCUUUGCUAUUUCUACAAUAUCUAUCAUAACAAAAAUUUCCCAAUGAAGUUGCAGGCCCUCACCAUUUUCUUGCUUGCGUUUGUGGCAAGUACUUAUGCAACGAUAUCUCCAGAGGUUUAUUGGAAAGUGAAAUUGCCCAACACUCAGAUUCCCAAAGUCAUCAAAGAUUUCCUUCCCCAAUCAGAGCUAAAACAAGAUAACACUAAGGAGAAAGUUUACUAUGGUUUAAGUGGAUAUAUAGCCAUUAGCUGGCAUCAUCCUGCUGAUUCGGCAUAUGAACGUCUUGUGCUAAAGAAGGUGCAAGAAAAGGAAAACCCUAUCAAACAAGUAACUGAAGAAAAACUAGAUGAUGGUCCUUUGAAUCAGUACUUCAUAUUAGAAAAGGACUUGGAGAAAGGUAAUGUUAUCAACUUUCCUUCUCUCCUAAAUAAAAACGAAGCACCAUUUCUUUCUCGACGAUUUGCGGAAUCGAUUCCCUUCUCGAUGGAGAAAUUCUCGGAGAUUCUCAACCAUUUCUCGAUCAAUAGUAAAUCGAAGGAUGCUCAAGAAAUUGAGAAAACAAUCAAACUUUGUGAAGAGCCUGAAGUAAAACAUAAAGAGAUGAAAACUUGUGCCACUUCUUUGGAGUCUAUGGUAGAUUUCGGGAUAUCCGUGCUUGGGACAAACGAUAUCCUCGCGAUUACUUCUGAGGUACAGGGGAAACUCAAAAAUCGCAACGAUACACAAUUGAACAAGCUCAACAAAUAGCUGAUGGGGAUAACAUGGUAUGCCACAAGCUUAACUAUGCAUAUGCACUACAUUAUUGUCACGUUGGAGGAAAUACAAAAACAUUUAUGGUAUCUAUGGUCGGUGAUAAUGGAACAAAAGUGAAAGCACUAUCAGUGUGCCACCAGGAUACAUCUUUUUGGAACCCAAACUCGUUUCCUUUUGCACUUCUCAAGGUUAAGCCUGGAACUACACCAAUUUGUC